AUGGACAGGCCUCCAACUCUGAGGGCCAGCAGCCUGCGGACAUUACUGUCCCUGAAACAAGUGUUCGACCUCCUGGAGCCGCUGGAGGGCUGCGUCCGGCCACAGCACGUAGCUACACUGGCCUCUCGGUUUGGAUCCAUCCCUCAGGAGCAGGCAAAGAAGUUUGUUGAAUGUUUUGACCCCAACUCUCAAGGAAGGAUCAGUUUCUUAAACUUCUGUUUUGGUGUACUUGCCAUUAAGGGUUUCCAAAGGUUGCCCCACAGGUCAAAUGACAUCACAUACUGGCAACGUCACCCUUCUCCCAAGUAUCAGGGAAGUGCAGACGAGGAGUGGGUGUGUGCGGCCAUCAUGUGCACACGGACAGACCCUGACCUUGUCCCCGAGAGCCAGCUGUUCCCCACGGAGGAGUACGAGCCAGAGGAGAGGGAGUCGGACAGAGACAGUGCCGUGGAGAGCACCCUGGGCUCGGACACCUCAGAGGGAUCGGCCACAACAGCAGACAAAGAGGACGAACUGGGAGAGCUGUUCUUCCACAGAGAAAAGUGUGGUCAGACCAGCAUCUCUGUGACAUCAGACCUCUCGACUCGUUCCUCUGCUUCGCUGAACGAAGAACAAUUUGAGGAUUACGGUGAAGGGGAGGAGCCAGACUACAUUCCCAGCAGCCCCUGUCCCCACGACGACACUUGCAACAACGCACACUCUGACCUCGGCUCUUCCGUUUCCUCCAGUGCGGGCCAAACUCCUCGUAAGGUGCGUCAGCAUUACACUGGUGAGCAUAUGGAUGUCUACUGCUCCCAGUGCAGCAAGAAGGUUAACCUCCUCAAUGACCUGGAGGCCCGGCUGAAAAACCUUAAGGCAAACAGUCCCAGCAGGAAAAUCUCCAGCACGGCUUUUGGAAGACAACUGCUUCACAACAGCAACUUGAGCAGCAGCAAUGGCAGCACAGAAGAUCUUUUCAGAGACAGCAUUGACUCAUGCGACAUUGACAUUAUUGAAAAGGUCGGCUUCCUUGAAAAGAAAGUGGCAGAGUUGGAGAAUGAGAUACUUAUUAACGGCGAUCUCAAGUCAAGGUUAAAACAUGAGAACACUCAGUUAGUGCACAGAGUAAAUGAGUUGGAGGAGCAGCUGAAGGACCAGGAAACUAAGGCAGAACAGAAUCUGCAGCAGCAGCUGAGGCGACACCGAGAGGCCUACACCAAAAUGGAAAAGGAUAAGAACACACAGAUAGAGCUACAAAGUAACAGGGUGAGGCAGCUAGAGGAAGAGAACAGUGAAAUGGAUCUAAAUAUGUGUCGUCUGAAAUCGCAGACUGAAAAACUGGAUGAGGAGAAACAAAGGAUGACAGACAAGCUGGAGGACACCAGUCUGCGGCUCAAGGAUGAAAUGGAUCUCUAUAAGAAAAUGAUGGACAAACUACGACAGAAUAGACAGCAGUUUCAGAAGGAAAAGGAUUCCAUGCAGGAUCUAAUAGAAGAUCUUCGGCGAGAGCUCGAGCAUCUGCAGCUCUUUAAAAUGGAGACAGAGCGACCAGGUCGUGGGCGCAGCUCUUCUACGCUGUCGGAGUUCAGCUGCAGAACCAGAGAUGUGGAGCUGGAGCAUGAGGCCAAGAGGCUUAAGCAGGAAAACCAGAAGUUAAAAGAACAGAAUGAGGACUUAAAUGGUCAGAUCCUCAGUCUCAGCCUUCAUGAAGCCAAGAACUUGUUUGCAACACAGACGAAGGCGCAGUCCCUCGCUGCUGAGAUAGAAAAUGCCUCAAGAGACCAGCUUAUGGAAGCUCUGAAAGAGCAGGAGGAAAUCAACCUGCGACUGCGACAAUACAUGGACAAAAUCAUUCUACCGGGCAACUCAGUGCCACCUGUGGUCCUCCCACUCGGGCCACACCGCAGCGCAGACCGCACGGAUAAAGAUGCCUGUAUCCAUUCAACUAAGCUGGAACAUGUAAAAGAAACAAAGGUUAAAAGAAAAAAGAGGAAACCUAAGAAGAGAAAUGAUCCUGUUGUUCCUCUUGGAAAUGUUGUACCUCAAUCCACUGAAGACUGGGAUGACGAAAUCCGACAUGUCAAAAUCCGUAAUUGGGAAGACAUGUCUUUUGGGCCUCAAGCAUAUGGUCCGGAGGAUGUCGUCAACUUUUCUCUACGGGACCUGAGCCUAGAAAACAUCAAGCCUCCAUUGUGGGAAUUGACCUGCCACAAAUAUUUCCCAGCCACUCACCACCAGCAGCCCAUAAUCUGGAAGAGAUUUUUUUCCCCGCAAUCCACUGCUGGAUUUGAGUCUGAAAUAUUUUUUUUUUGA